AAUAAAAGGAAAACUCAUAGAUUAGAGCUGUGAUUUUAUUUUGUCUGUCAGACAUGGAUGUCCUCACUCUGUCUCUCUGCUCAUUUAUGCUCUUCUACGUCAUCACCAUCGUAUGGAGAACACAGAAGACGCGGCUCCGGCUUCCUCCAGGACCGACCCCGCUGCCAAUUAUCGGCAAUCUGCUUCAAGUGAGCUUUGCAUUGUAUAAAUGUUAUCUCAAGCUGUCCAAGCAGUAUGGACCCGUCUUCACUGUGUGGUUGGGUUCCAAACCAGUGGUAGCGCUUUGUGGAUAUACAGUUAUUAAAGAGGCCCUGAUCAAUUAUGCUCAUCAAUUCAGCGCUCGUGGUUUCCUACCAAUAUCAGAAAGAUUGGCAGGCGGUUAUGGUAUAAUCACCACCAAUGGCGAACGCUGGCAACAGGUUAGACGAUUUGCAGUGAGCACGCUGAGGAAUUUUGGAAUGGGGAAGCGAUCGAUGGAGGAGCGAGUGCAGGAAGAAUCCCGUCACCUCAUAAAGGCGAUAGAGGAUAUUGGAGGUAAAGUGCACAACCCUCACACGGUUCUUGGACGUGCAGUAAACAAUGUGGUAAACUUAGUGGGGUUCGGUCGGCGUUGGGACUAUGACGACAUGAAAUAUAUCUCCAUCAUCAAUAAUCUGUUCAAUUUUCUCAGAAGGCCUCUAGGAGUGGCAUAUGUUGCUUUUGACAGUCUAAUGAAGCAUCUUCCGGGUCCCCAUCAGAAGGUGUUUGCAGAUUGCGAGCAUGUGAAAUCUUUCAUCAGGGAGGAAAUUGAAUCACACCGGAGAUCCCUGGAUCCAGAGUCCCCCCGAGACUUCAUAGACUGCUUCCUCAUCCAGGCUGACAAGGAAAAAGAUGUGAGGAACAGCGAAUUCUGCAUGGAGAAUCUGCUCAUUUCUGUACUUGAACUUUUCUUUGCUGGAACAGAGACCACAUCCAUCACCCUGCAGUACAGUUUGCUGGUGAUGAUAAAACACCCGAAGGUUCAAGAAAGGAUACAGGAGGAGAUAGACUCAGUUAUCGGCAUGGACAGGCUGCCCAGCAUUGCCGACCGCUCCAACAUGCCGUAUACCAACGCCGUCAUCCAUGAAAUACUGAGAUACAUGGAACUUGUCCCAAUGGCUCUUCCACAUAAAGUCACCGAGGAUGUCACCUUCAGAGGCUUCAUCAUCCCUAAGGGGACGACCGUAUUUCCUCUCCUUGCUUCUGCCCUAUCAGACCCGCAGUACUUGAAGUGGCCUUAUGAGUUUAAUCCGCAAAAUUUCCUGGAUGAGAAUGGGAAGUUCUGUUCACAGGAAGCUCUGAUUCCUUUCUCCGCAGGAAAGAGGAUCUGCCCAGGGGAAGGUUUGGCUCGGAUGGAGAUCUUCCUCUUUCUUACUGCUCUGCUCCAGAAAUUCUCUUUCCACCCUGCAAACACCACCGACACGUUCAACCUAGAUGUGCUCCGACGGGCCAUCCGAAAAGAAGGGCUUUCCUUCAAUUUAAGAGCCAAUCCCAGAAUGAAAAAAAUGCAUGGACACACAAGAUAAAGACUGGAGGACACACACUAGUGAAAAAGGAACAUUCUCUUUUCCAGAACCUAUAAUGGUCAUUCUAUUCUGUAGACAUCUCACAUACUUUUC